UCACAUUUAGCCUUCCCAUUUUCCGCAAUAUUCAGUUAAGAAUCUCUUCUUUUGUUUUUUAAAAAAAUUACUUUCUUCUCUUCUCCGUUGCCUGCUUUCUUUACAAUCUGCAGCAGAUUCACUGAUAAUGGCCCUAACAAAGGCACAGCUGGAUGGAGUGGCUAGGAGCAACAAGGUGAGAUGCCCACCAGAAAGAUCGCAGAACGAAGGCAGGAAAAAGUCCAGUGUGUUGAAGAAGGCAAAGGAUGUAGUAGUUUGUGGAAGGAAGAAGGCAAGACUCCCUCCGAAGAGAGGUCGGGUUAUAAUGAUGGUGCUCGAGAGUCUAUCCAAAUCUGUAGCAAAACUACCGUCGAAGUCAUGGAAUCUACUAAACAGAAAGAACAAUGUUGCAUCAGAGGAAAAGUAGCUUCCACCACUUGAGAAAAGUUGAGAGCUAAGCAUGAACACCUUCAGAUUAGCCUAGGAAUGCAUUAACUGGAUGUAUAUCCUUCUCUGUUGAUUACUGUCAAGGCUCAAAAGUCGAAACUGAUUUUGUUUACGAAGGAAUGGUUGUGAAUUUCAUUUUUUGUUUUAUGUAACAAUUCGAGAGCAUUAGUCCCUUGUCUCUGUUUCUGCUACAUGGUUGUAUAUUUAUAUAACACAUAUGGUGUUAGUAUACCUUAAAACUAGCUAGCAAUAAAGUACUCGGCAUGAA